CUUUUCUCCGAGUACAUUCUAUUGACCCGUCGACCAGAGGUAUCCAGUUUCUAGAGCAGCCGACAGAUCUUUACUUGCCCAUUCUUUCGAUCCGAGACCUGCAACGAGUGCUUAUGGCCUGAUCCAACUCACCCUUCCACUCGUUGGUUCCACGGGCAAUUUCGUGCCUGUGUUCGACUUGCACAACUGACCUCGGUGCACACAGCUCCAUUUCUACAGGACGCCCUUCCACCAACCCGGCAGAAUGCAGAAAAUUCUUCGUAUAAACCUCCAGGCCCGAAACCAAGCCCUGAAAGCCGAGCGCAGGAAGAACCUCAAGGACCUCAAAUCCGCCUGGCGCGAGCACGACCUCAGACAGAUCCAGAUUGAAAAGGUGAGGCGAAAGUAUGUCAAAGACGAGCGUAAGAACCGCAGGGAGGACUGGCUCGCUGGCCCCCUGGCACCGAAACGCAAUGUUGCCGAGAAAGCAGAGACAUACGGCGCCGCGAGCUUACUGCUCCACGAUGGCCCUCCCUUCCCCGAGCGAGCCUUGAAAGGUCCCAAGAACGAGGAGGAAGAGCUUGAAGGUUUUGGCAACGAAGGAAACAUUGUGGUUGGGGAUCGCGUAUGCGUCGUCGGUGGCCAUCAAGGUAUCCUCGGCCGGAUCGGCGAGGUCAUCGAAGUUCAUCGGGAAAGGAAAGAAAUCACCAUUGAAGGGAUAAACGUGGCCGAUAUGGAAACCCCAGUUGGCACGAAACAGCGCGAGACCCGACCCGUCAUGUCUGCACCUCUUCCGGUCCCUAUUGACACAGUACGUCUGGUGCACAAACUUGUCGAUGAGGCGACAGGCCGCAGUCGUGACGUUAUUGUAAAACACAUCCGCUAUGGAGCGCCAUAUUUCCAACGAAUGCCCUACAGUCAACUUCCUCGGCAUACUAGGUACAUCGCUGGCGAAGACAUCGAAAUUCCAUGGCCCGAGGAUGAUGGGCCGACCUAUCAAGCUUACGACGGCGACACACUCCGUCUCGACGUCGAGGCACCGACAUUCACACCAUCCCUGUAUACAGCACCUCUCCGACCAGGCAUCAUGGACGAGCUCAGAAAAGAUAGGUAUUCGCCCAACAGAAAGUGGCAUGAGGAUGACUAUGUUCGUAUGAAGAUUCUCGAAGAUGCAAGAGCAAGUUGGUAUACGGAGAGAAAAGUCACAACGCCAAAGGACGAACUCGCUCUGGAAAAGAAGCGCCUGGCAGCUGAGAGAGCCGCACAGAUUAAAGAGAAGGGUGUGAGCGAUCAAACUUUGAGCCUCAUCGAGGAAGUCUUGAAGCAGAAGGCACCCAGGAAUGCGGCGACAAUAUGAAUUUAGAUCGUUUAGAUCGUCGGGCAUGAGCAACAAGACGUGCGAUCUUGCGUCCCGACAAACGACCAGUCUGUACUCCCUGUGGGUAUGUCAUUCGUUCGGAUCAGGAAAUGCGUCACUCUGUCUGUGUCCUUGCCAACUGUUGCUCAAGGCGCUCUUGACGAUCCUCAGUGUCCAACGUAGCCUCAAAGGGCUCGCAAUGGAGAGCUACACUGGUGAACCGCAAAGGGUCAGGCCACGUCAUGUGAGCUGGCUGACAUUGGCAUAUGGGACAUUAAGUCUCAAAAUGGAUCUACGCCGUCUGCUCCAAGAGGCUUUUCUCGUCGGAUCUUAGGGUGACAGCGUUCAGCGAGCUCUAUGCUAGGUUCUGAAAGAACGUCAGGAAAGGCCGAAUCCUGUGAUGGGGGCGCUGAGACCUCAAUGGCACAUGUAUACAUACCACUACAAUAUCCAAAAUCAGCUCUGUAUUAUGAUUCCGUCACCAAGGUAUUGGAUACCGGCAGCUCUGUUUAGUUUCUAUUCUGUCGCAACAAAACAAUUUCGGUGGACUCAUUGUAUCAUGCAUGUAUUUUCUUU